AGCAAACAAAAAUGUUUAUAUCUCAGAAACGGUUGACCUUUAGACCUAUGUUUACUAAAGCUUUUUUACUCAGUACAGUGUGCCCUAUACACCAUAUAAAUAUUGAAUGCUUUUUUUUGAACACCCUGUAUAUCGGUAUAUUCGUAUACUAAAUCUCCCAGUACUGGAUCCUAGUUCAAAAACGUUCUCCAGGAACCUAACCUCCAAAAUCUGUUGCGUCCUCCAGAAGAUGAAAGUAUAACGCACCAGAGAGCAAUGGCAUCCUCCUUCAGAAACGACUCACUUUUCUGUUACGAAUUAGCUACUCUGUUACCCCAGAAUCUAUAAAAAUGUUCAGUGAACGUUCCUUGACGUUUCUUAGCGUUGAUCCGGCACACUAACGAGACGUUAGAUGCCUCCAGGAACGAUGCCAAUCACGUGCCAUAGCGUCACUCAACGAAUGCUUGCAAGAGGCUUGUAUGAAAUUGCUUACCAACCGAGAAGAGUAAUCGAGCUUAACGCUAGAAAUUUAGAUACUCUUAGAGCAGGAUCAAGCUCACGAAUCCUUUCCCGCGGCAGCCGAAGCAACGCACCGGCAGCGUCUGGUCCAGCAAAUCGUCGUUGAGCACUGGCUUCCGGUACCACGCUGGAAGCCUGGUGCCGACCACGGCUGCACCCAGUCCGGAAGCUGCUAGAACGUACUUGUUCGAAGGGUUGCUUGGAAAGGAGAGAUCGUCACUUUGGGACCAGAUGCAGUUUUGGGAGGACGCAUUCCUGGACGCCGUGUCCCAAGAACGAGACAUGAUAGGCAUGGACCAAGGCCCUGGGGAGAUGAUGGAAAGGUACAGGAGUUUGAGCGAAAGCGAGAAGAAAAGGCUCGAGCACGACGAAGAUAGACUGCUGUGCACCCUGCUGCACAAUCUGACGGCGAUUCUAGUCAUGCUGAACGUGGAGAAGAACGAGAUGAAGCGCAAGGUGAGAAGACUACUCGGGAAAAGUCACAUAGGCCUGAUCUACAGCCAGGAGCUCAAUCAACUUCUCGACCAAGUACACAAUCUUUACGGGAACGACAUAGACUUGAAGCCUCUCACGUCGCGACAAAUGCAUCGACAGUCGUUCACUGUUCACGCUGGCAUCGACGCCGAGGGCGACCUGCGUUUCCUGGAGGUCCGUCACGACGGUUUGGUGCUGAGGUCCGUCAACGGCGUGAUCGUCGAGCGAUGGUGGUACGAACGGCUGGUCAAUAUGACCUACAGUCCCAAGAACAAAGUCUUGUGCCUUUGGCGCCGGAACGGCGGGCAAACGCAGCUGCAUAAGUAUUACACUAAGAAGGUAUGCACUUAUCAAACAUUUUUACAGGAUUAUAAUGAAGUAUUAAAACUUUAUUUGCUCAGGAGGGGCACCAAAUCAACUUUAGGAAUGCUAUACACUCUUGAAAACAUUCAUUUACUUGGAAGAAGUACCAAUCAGCUUUAAAAAUGCUACACAGACUUAUAAACAUUCAUUGUUCGCUAUCUAACAUCUCGAAAAUUGAUUCGAUAACUCUUCAUCAAAAUUCAUUUACUUAGAAGGGAUGCCAAUCAGCUUUAAAAAUGCUAUACAGACUUACAAAAAUUCAUUUUUCACUAUCUAACAUGUUGAAAAUUGAUUUGAUAACUCUUCUGUAAUGUAUUAUAAUAUCCUGCAAAUAAUAUAAUCAGACCGUGAAUGUUUAUGCAUUUAUGGCAAAUGGAAAUGUAAAUCUAUGAGACUGUGCAAAAAUUGCAAGAUAUAAAAUCUCGAUAUGUUUAUACACUUUAAACGAGAUUAUCUCAUCGCAAACAUAACAGCGUAUCUCAGUUACAUAAUUCGAACUUAUUUCCAGUCGAUUUGCGACCACUUGACCCGCGAGUUCCGGAUUCUAUAAUCAAUGACCUCUAACUUCUCUCCUUACUCUUAUCGCUAAUUAACGAAUCAAUGAAGUGCGAGGGAAUUCAGCGCGUAAAGACUUAUCGAGAACUUAUCGAGUUAACGAAAACAAGUAAAAGAACAUCGAGAGAUGUUCUCUCGAUAGCAGAAUCAUUUACGAAGAUAAAUACCUAACCUAACAUGUUGACUGUCAGACUAAAACUCGUGAAAAUUUCUACAAAGUUUACAGUCUGUUUCACAAAAGCGUGUCGGUUAUAUUUUUGUAAAUAUUUACAUAUUUGUACAAAGUUUUAUGUGGGUCGAAUCUACACCUAAAAUAUCAAUACGCAUUUACCUAGUAAGGUAUCAAAUAUCCUCCAUUAGCAAUUAUAGCUUGGCACUGUCUUGCAUGCUCUCUACUAAUUUGUCAAAAAUUGUCUGGUGUUGGCUCACAAAAGUAGUGAUUGAGAUUGGAACAAUACAGUAUUCAUUGAUGAAUCUACAUUUUGGGCCUGGUGUCCUAUUAGACAUGCUUGGUCUGCCUGUGGAAAAAGAAUAAUACAAAGAAGUGUAAAACACCCCAUAAAAGUGCAUGUUUGGAGUUGCUUUAUCGC